CUUUAGGAUGUUCUUAACAUAAAACUUCAAUAAUGUUCCAACCGGAGAAUUCCAUUGUCUGUAGAAAAGCACUGGAACGAGAGCUAACUCUGUCAGGACAGCGCGUCACGAGCCAGAGACACUCUGCCAGACACCUGACUUAUUCAGCUCCCAUUCCCCCCUCCUUUAUAGCACGUUUCUAAAGACGGUUGACAUCUAGUGGAAGCCUUAGGAAGUGCAACUUUACCCCAUAGAUACUGUGUAUUUGCCAGUUCACCAGCCCUAUACAACUUCUGUGAUUGUUUUCAAUCAAAAUUAAAGCUUCUCAGCAAGAGCAAUUUCUAAAGCAAACAUUUUGCUAGGACUGUCUGGAAGUGGUCUGAGUGGGGAUGGGAAAUCUGAAAACUAGCUGUUAUUGGCAGAGAGGAACUCUCUUUCUUAUUGGUCUAUUAUUAACACUUACAGCCUAGGAUGUCACCAGGCAGACCAAAACUCCAUCCCACCAAAACAGGCUGAAAGUACAGUUCAAACAGCUCUUAUACUGAAAAUGCAUUAUUAUAAUUUCCACAAUUUCACAGUAUUAGUCCAACUUCAUAGUGUGGAAAUAUAUAUCAAAACACAGACAAUCUCAUUUUUGACUGCACUGAGCCUCUACCAAACCACACCCCUAUACACAGAAGUCUACGUUUAACAAAUGCCACUGAAAAUGUUACUAAAACACAUUUAUUAGAGGAACAGUGCAGAUGCAAAGUUUGUUAACAGAAUGACAGUAAAAUAUCUCUCAGUUUUUUAUUUGACCACAUUUUCCAAAAACUCUGAAAUAAUUAAAAGAUGUCUGCAGAAAGAAUUGGGUGUUAGCUCUGAUAUGGCAUCUUGAGUUUGAAAAAAUCUACACUGAACAAAAAUAGAAAUGCCACAUGCAACAAUUUUAAAGAUUUCACUAAUCCAAUGUUUCCCAACCCUGCUCCUCAAGUACCCCUAACAAUACACAUGUUUAUUGUAACCCUGGACAAGCACACCUGAUUCAACUUGUCAACUAAUCAUCAAGCCCUCAAUGAGUUGAACAAGGUGUGGUUGUCAAGGGCUACAAUGAAACUGUGUGCUGUUGGGGGUACUGAAGGACCAGGGUUGGGAAACACUGCUCUAAUCUAUGGAUUUCACAUGGCUGGGAAUACAGAUAUGCAUCUGUCGUCAUAGAUACCUUAAAAAAUGGAAGGAGGGGGCCACGAGUUGUACUGCUUUCCCUGGGUUCAGACUGAACAGCAGUUAGAGGAAUCCCCUACCCAACCCACUCCAGCUGAGAGUCCCUUUUUCUUCCCCCUGACACGACCCCGAGCCCCACAGCCCCCCGUUAUGCCCGUCCUCCCGGAAGAAGAGGAGGAUUCCCCUGAGGAGCUUGACAGUUCCUCCAGCUCACCCAGCACAUAUACACCAGUUGAAAGUAGAGCAGUUACCGUGGCGAUGCCUGCUCCCACCAUUGUCUUCCCAAAGCAAGCGACCGUGACCGUGGUCCAAGCAGACGGUCGCCCUCUGGAGCAGACCAGACCACACAGUCCCAGAUCUCGCUUGUCCCGAAACUCCCUGGGAGGACCAAUCACUACUGUCGACAAUACAGGCAAUGUGAUAGACCUGGUGAAAGACCAUCUGCCUGAGCUGCAGCUCUCAGAGGAGGACCGUCAGAAGAACCUGGUGCUGCUGCAGGAGGCCAAGAAAGUCAGCGACCGCUUCCUGAGCCGCAGGGGCCGAAAGUCCACCUGCAGCCUCUCUGAAUCCCCCACAGGUCUUUCUCCUAACCACACACCAUCUUCCUCACCUGUACCGUCCAGAAGCAGCUCUCUUAUCACAGCCCCUCAAAUAGCUGUAGCCACAGAGGUGAACUAUGCCCCCUCAUCGCCUGUCAGCCUGCGAUUGGAGGGUCUGUCUACGAGGGAGCAGGCUGACACCAGUACACCAGAGCAUGAGAGCACCAGGAGGUUGGUGGACUGGAAGCCCAAUGAGAAGCGUAAGGUGUCCUCAGGCACCCUGGUUCCCCGCUACUCUGGCCCCCCACCCCCCAGGGAGCCCAAUGGGGGCCAGAAGGAGAACUGUGACCCCCGGGUAACAGCUAAGAAUUGCCCAGAACCAGUACUAGUCAAUAAGCCAGAGGAGGGUCUGGUUCGAGCCCCCAACCAGGCCCCUGCCACUGGGGUGGCCAAGCCUGUCCCUCGGCCCCCCACUCAACAGGCCCCCUGCACGGCAGAGAUCAAGACAAUCGGGGCAUUUCCUCCCCUCAUGAGAGCUGUGUCCUGGGACACUGUUGGAACCCUCAACGCCAGGAAUGGGGCACCAAGUCUCCCCCCUACAAACGAGGAAACCUUCUCCUUUCAAGACAAGACCCGGGAUGCCCUGCUCAAGUCCUCUGGGUACAAGGACUUCCCUGUACAGCCUGUCAACGUGCAGAAGCUGUCCAAAAUAAGAGAGGAGCACAAGCUGAUGCGGAACCAAAGCAUUGUGGGGUCAAAGUUGGCAGACUUGAGUGAAACAGCUGAACAGGAAAGAGGGUCUCCUACUGAUGAGGAGGCUAAAGAGAAGUCAGACGCCAUGCCCAACAUCUCAGACAUCAUGCUGAGGAAACUCAAACUGCACAGAGGGCUACCAGGCUGUGCACCUCCACUCACGGAAAAAGAAGUUGAGAAUGCAUUUGUUCAACUGUCGCUGGCGUUCCGGAACGACAACUACACUCUGGAGACACGGCUCAAACAGGCGGAGCGGGAGCGGACCCUGACCGAGGAGAACACGGAGAAGGAACUGGAAGAAUUCAAAGGCUCUCUGAAGUGCACGGCACCACAGUGGAGUAACAUGGAGCAGCGGGAGUCUUACCAGUGCCUCAUAGAGACAGUAGCAGUACUGCACCGUCUGGCCACCAGGCUCUCCAGCAGAGCUGAGAUGGUUGGAGCAGUCAGACAGGAGAAACGUAUGAACAAGGCCACAGAGGUGAUGAUGCAGUACGUGGAGAAUCUGAAGAGGACCUAUGAGAAGGACCACGCUGAGCUGAUGGAGUUCAAGAAGCUGGCCAACCAGAACUCCAGUCGCUGCUAUGGAGGAUCCAUAGACACUGGAGAUGAUGGAGUCCCACGACCAUCCAGAUCAAUGUCGCUGACCCUGGGAAAGGCUUUGCCCAGGCGGAGGGUCAGUGUUGCGGUAGUCCCCAAAUUUAACCUCCUGAACAUCCCUGGUCAGACCCCGGUCAUGGCAGGACCCGGCCCCAGCGUUGCCAUGGGACCCAGCCCCCAACCCACCAUGGGCCAAGCACUUCCUGUCCUGUGUGAAGCCAACAGUGUGAAAAGCAACUUUCCCACUGAGCCUACACAUCCAGCUAUAGAUGAGAGUGGAAAGACUGUGGCAGAGCAGGAAGCUGAGCCAUCUGCCCCAGCCAAGCCCUCCAUCAACCUAGAGGAGAUCAGAUCAGAGAUCAAGGCAAAGAUCGAGGAGGAGGCCUACAAUAAAGGCUACCAAGAGGGACUUAAGAGAAGCAAAGAAAUCAAAGAGGUGGAGGAAGAGGAGGAGAAAGUAGAGGAAAAGCCAGAAAAGAAGGAUGAAGGAAAAGGAAAAGAAAUCAUCAGAAAAGAAAAGUUCAGCAGUAAGGUUGAAGAGGUCCUAGUUGUCCUUGACCGGCUUUGCCCCAAGAUCUUCCGCGGUAACCGACUUCUCUGGAUUGUUUUGACGUUGUUCCUGGUCACGUUUCUGGUCGUCAAUGUUUUCACAUACUUUAGUGAUCGCUAUAAUAACCAUGGGGACAUGUCGGCAGAAAAAGCCAUGGUCCAGGGCAAGAAGAAGAUCUUUGGACUGAAUGUAGGAGUACAGCCAAAGAAUCCCACUCCAGAAUAACAAAGAGCCUGUCUCAUACUUCUCUCAGUCCACAGACAAUUCUUUCCAUGAUACAUCACCAUACAAGAGCUGAACUUGAAUAUAGGGUUUUGAAGGGUUUGGCGAUGUAUCUUUGGGAGCGUUUAUUGAGUUUUUUUUAUUGGUUUCAGAGGAUAAGCCUUCUAAUGAUCAUAAACUUUAUCAAGGCAUAUUUAUGUCGUGUUAGGAAAGCUGCCCAAGUGUUUGUGAUGGUGAUAUAUGAUUGUUGCUUAGGGGGCCAAGUAUAAUAGUGUGAUGAAAUAUGUUCUUAUGUACAGUGAGAUCCAGGACUUUGGAUUUUAAAUGAUACAAUGACUAUGAUGUUAAAACGCAGACUGUCAGCUUUAAUAUGAGGGUAUUUUCAUCCAUACCAGGUGAACUGUUUAGAAAUUAUAACACUUUUUGAACACAGUCCCCCCAUUUCAGGGAGCCAGAAGGUUUUGGACAAAUUCACUUAUAUGCGUAUUAUAGAAGUCCAAAGUGUAGUAUUUAGCGUAUGACUCUACUAAUCUGUUGGAUGCAUUUUCUGUUUGUUUCGGUUGUGUUUCAGAUUAUUUUAUGCCCAAUAGAAAUGAAUGGUAAAUAAUGUAUUGUGUCAUUUUGAUGUUAUAAAUAAGAAUAUAAUAUUAUAAUAUUAAUAUAAUAACUCUUCUACUUUAAUGUGGAUGUUACCAUGAUUGCGGAUAAUCCUGAAGGACACAAUGAACAGAAUGAACAGGGAGGAUCAGCAUUUUGGGGGGUAUGAUAUUUACACCUCAGUAACUUUCACACUCAUCAUUAUUCACGAUUCAUUCAUAAUUUUCCGUAAUCAUGGUAGCAUCCACAUUCAUUUAAAAGUGUUUAGGAACAUGUUCUAUUAUUAUUUACAAUAAAAUUGACUCCAAAAUACA